AUGUGUUCAGGUUCACGGAGCGGCGGCGGAGGUUACAGCCCACAAAGACGCUCCAAAUCCGGGGACAGUGGCGGCGCUUUGAGGCGCUUUGAGGCCGCAGGAGGUGCUCCGUGUUCGGCUUGUUCGACUGCGAGACGGAGGCGGGAGAGCCGAGCGGGAGCCGAGCGCUGCCGGCCACACCCGAGUCCCAGCUCCUCCGGCACAGAGACACGGGGAGGAGAAGAGAGGAGUUUAAGGAGUUUAAGGAGAGGUAAGGAGGUACAAAUUAAAAAACAAAAACACAAAAGAGAAAAAAAAAAGACGAGAAAAGAAGAAAACAGAAGAUUCAAAAUAAAACAGCGCGAGUCAAACCGGAAAAAGAGGCGGGAAACGGACAUAAACAAGCAAAACACGUUAUUAUUAUUAUUAUUAUUAUUGUUAUUAUAACUAUUAUUAUUAUUAUUGUUAUGAUUGUUGUUGUUAUUAUAACUAUUAUUAUUAUUAUUAUAAAAAAAAGCCUAAUAAUAAGAUUAUUGUUAGUUGUAUUAUUAUUAUAUUAUUAAAGAUAGGCCUAAUAUUAUUAUUAUCAUUAUGAAUAGGCCUAAUAAUAUCAAUAUGUCAUUAUUAUUAUUACUAAUAUUACUAAAUCUAUGCUCUGAAUUAACAGACAAAAGAACCACAAAUUCUAAACCCGUUACAUCAGGUUACGUUUCUUUUUUCUGACUCAAUGAUUUUUACGGUUUUUAGACAUUUUCUCAGAUUUUAACAAUCUGCAAUAAUAAAACAUGAAAAUAUGGAGUUUAUUCUUUUUAGCUCCACGUAAACAAAUAAAAACCUUUAGGUAAUUUUAUUCACACCGUUUGUCCCUGAAAGACUUUGUUUUAUUCGCCAAUUUUAUUCCCACCAAAUCAGUGAAUUUACAACGAAGAAUAAAAAUACGUAAAAAUACAAACUGAGCCGAACAAACCUGCCGAUAAAGACAGAGAGAGAGGAGCUGUGUAUUAGAUAUACUUACCAAUAUAUAAAUCAGAAUCAAUAAUCAGAGAGGAGGUCGUGUGAGUGAAGGUUUGGACGUUUGUGUUUUAUUUGAAAAUGACAGAAUAAGUUAAGAAGAAGAAGAAGAAGAAGAACAUGCAGCAGAGUCGACAGAAACAAACACACGGAGGAGGAGGAAGAGGAGGAGGACGAGGACGACGGGGCUUUUUGUCUUUUUGCACAUUUAACCUUCUUUCUUUCCUUCCUUCCUUUCCUCCUCUCCUUUCCUCCUCUCCUUUCUUCCUCUCCUUUUCUUUCCUUCCUGCAGCCUCGUUGGGAGACGAUGAGAAGGAGGAAGAGGAGGAGGUUCGGACACAGAGAAGAGUAGAAGAAGAAAAAGACGAUGACCUCGGGCUUCAUUCAUGCACAUGGUAAUAAUAAUCAAUAAUCAAUAAUCAGAGUGAUGGAUUCACAGAGAGGAUUCAUCAACAGUCAGGAACAGACAGGGAGUGGUUUCUCCUUUUACACACCGAGUGAGAGUCCACAAACAAAGAUCCUCUCCGAGCGCAGCGUUCACCGGAACAGUCCGUGAAUUUACUUCACUUUGAUCAUCAAUACUUUUAUUGAUUAGGUCUUUAAAUAAACCCGAUCACCUCUAGAGAUCCUGGAUUCAUAUUUUAAAGCUCUGAGGAAAUCGGCGCUGACUGAGCCCUGAGUUUGGUCUGCAGGUCAUCAGGUCACGUUCAGCUUUAAUCACAGACUGAUCAAUUAAAAAAACAGCAGAAAUAAUGAUAUUGAUUAUUGAGAUGAUGUUAACGAAAGAGUCUCCCUCUCUGAGCUCGAACAGCGUUAACGCUCCGUCAGCAGGAGUCCAGAGUCGUAUCAAUAACGGGAUCGAAUGAUUACAAACUGAUCAAUAUCGCUCUGACUGAACUAGAGUUGGUGGUUUUUACAGUUUAGAGUCCAGGAGGCCUGAAGACUCCCAGAACCUGGACUUAAACACAGAACCAGAACCGAGCAGAUCCUCUCUGUUAUCAGGUCAGGAUGAAACAAAAACAGGAUCUAAAAUCAGAAACUCUUCGUCCUCCUCAGAGUUUGACUUCAGCUCGACCGCCGUGCCGACCGCCGCGCCGACCGCCGCGCCGACCUCUCUGUUCCUGUUUAUUCAGAUUUUUAAUGUUUUUCUCUGA